AUGAACGAAAGUUUAAUGAACCCAGAGGAUUUUUAUCGUCUAGAAGGUGUAAUUGGUGAAGGAUCAUAUGGUCAAGUUUAUAAGGCCACUUAAUUAGAUAAUGGAAAGGUUGUUGCAAUAAAAAUAGUUCCAACAACUGGUGAGAUCGAAUCAUUGAAAAGAGAAAUUCAAAUACUUAGAGAUUGUAGAAGUGAUAAUAUAGUUAAAUACUUUGGAUCAUAUCAUUCAAAUGGAUAAUUGUGGUUAGUAAUGGAAUAUUGUGCUGGAGGAAGUGUGAUAGAUUUAGUGAAAGCAAUGAAUUUUAAUGGUUCUUGUUUACCUGAAGAAUUGAUAGCAACAGUCCUUUAUUAAACAUUAAAAGGUACGAUAAUAUUUAACAGUCCAAAGGAAUAGAUUACAUGCAUAAUCAUAAGAAAAUACAUAGAGAUAUAAAAUGUGGAAAUAUUCUAAUAGAUCAUUUAGGGAAUAUAAAGUUAGCAGAUUUUGGAGUUUCAACUUAAUUAGUACACACAAUGGCUGAUACAGAUACAGUUAUUGGUAGCCCUUUUUGGAUGUCUCCUGAGAUUUUAUUAAAAUCUCGUUAUAAUAAGAAAACCGAUAUUUGGUCAUUAGGAAUCACUGCAAUUGAAAUGGCUGAAGGUGAACCUCCAUAUGCUCAUAUUCAUCCAAUUAGAGCAAUGUUUGCAAUAAAAAAUAAUCCUCCAAACUCAUUAACUGAUUAAUCCCGAUGGUCUAAAGAAUUUAAUACAUUUGUUAAGAAAUGUCUAAUUUUAGAUCCUAAAGAAAGACCAUCAACAAAAGAGUUACUUCAAGAUCCAUUCUUUUAAAGGUUUUGCAAAAGUAGAGAAUAUGUAUAAUAAUUUAUGAUUAAAAAUGGAAAGAUGAUUGAAAAUUACAAAAGAUAAAAAUAAAAUAAAUAACACGAAUAAAAUAAUGAAUAAUCAUAAGAAUAAGCAAUAGUUUAAUUAGAUACUCUUGUAGAAUGUGAAGAAGAAGAAGAAGAUCUUGGAACUAUGAUAGUAAAUGAUAUUGAUUCUAUUCCUAUGAAUGAUACUGGUACAAUGUUAGAACAUUAAUAUUAAGAUGCUGAAGUUUAUGAGAAGGCUAUGAAUAGAGUGGUAUUUUCUAAAUUCUUAUUUUUUAGUCUGAAUAUGGUUUAUAGAGUCUUAAUCAAUUAAGAAUACCUGUUACUGAAUCACCUCUUAAAAAAUAAAAAUAAAUCGAAGACAAAAUUUAAUAAUUAAAUGAUGAAAUGAAUAAUGAAAUCAAAAAAAUUAAAUAAAAAUAUACAGAACAAAUACAAUCUUUAUAAAAACUAUUACAAUAAGUUUCUGUUCAAAAACAUGAAUCACAUAAAUCUGUUCAUGAAUAAAAAUUGAUUCCAUAAUCUACCAAUUAUUAUAGAUAACUUGAUGCUAAAAAUAAAACUUCAGCUCCUUCCACUCCUGUAUAAAUUUAAAACAAAUAGAAAUCUUAAUAAGAAAACAUUAAUUUAGAAAAUCAAUUAAAACCAACUAAAUUUUAAUAAACUAAUUUACAGUAAUGUUUAUAUCUCUAUAAUUUAGAAAAUUACAAUUAUAAAUUUAAAACAGAUUACAUGAUGUUCCAAAACCAGAUAAUAAUUCCAAAAUACUUAAACAAUUAAUUAACAGAAAGAAUUGA